GCAUCUGUGUCCAAAGGUACCGAGACAAUGAGCAUUAGAUAACUUGUCCAAGACUAUCACGCGACCGCCGUUGCCGGGAUUCGAACUCCGUAUCUUUGACGCACGUUGUCUGCCCACUGGCCGACUGAGCCGCGCUUGAUUGAAGUUGAUUUUAAUCCACUAUUUAGGCUUCAUUUCUUGUUUUGUUUAAAUGCUUUUAUAGUAUCUACAAAAAGGGCCAAGAAUUUGUUUUUUUGAAAAGCCUCCCAGGAGCACACGAAGAGAUUCGGACCAUUUUCAACCGUACCACGAGAAAGCUCUUGCUAUAUAAUUCUUGAGAAAAUUAAGGUUCUAAUUGACUUUUUAAACGAGAAAAUUUUCUUUUUGCUCCCCUUAAACGCAAAAGAGGCGCAAAUGCUAAUGUUCGGCUAUCUAUGAUGGCGAAAUAUCGGCAUAUUUUGAUGUCGAUAUUUGUUAAUCCUACCCAUGGGUCUUUCAUUUAUAUAGGCUUUCAGCUUACGCGAGAAAAGUCGAUGUGAAUGUGGAGUGACCCCAAGGGAUUAUCUUUUAGUGAACAGUGAACUGGAAAAUUCAGACGAUGCUGCUCGGAAUAACUUUGUGGCCUCCUCAAUUUGGAUCCAACAAAUUUUGGUAGAUUAAAAAUCAGACAGCGUUGAAUAAACUGCAGAUUACGUCUAGCUUUUUCGUUAAUUGUGCACCUGACUGAAUCCUGUGGACCUUUACCUCAUUAAUUUAAAAAUCUAUUUGGUAAAGCUACGAAACUUCAUUGUUCGUGGAAUGAGUCCGUUACAUAUGCAGAAAAAUGAUACCCCCUAUAAAAGUGAACUUAAAUAUUAUAUUAUAUAGGAAGUACAUUGCAAAUCAACUUUUGACCGGAAUGCUUUAAAAGGUAGUUUAUCAGUUGAAAUACUCUUUCAAAAUGAAGCACGCAAGUUACUUAAGUUACUUAAACAAGUUUGACGAAGAUGAAAAAAGAAAAAAAUCAGCUGAAAUAUGACUGUCGUGUAUGACUAUAGAUAAAACGUUUCGUACUUGUUGUUUGGUAUUCGUUUAUUUCCGUCUGUUUAUGAAUACAAUACGCUUCGAGAUGGACUAUAUAGUGCACAUAGAAAAAAAAGGAAAGAAAAAUGAGGAAAUAAAGUUCCGCUGUGAUCAUUUAUAAGAUAGUAGACUAACUAGAAACUGUAUUCUUUUCCAGUGUGAACGAUUAUAAGUUUUGAAAAGAAAAUGAUUUGUUUCCGUUAAGAACAUUUUUUAAUUUUGAAUAACUAAACUUUAGAAGCCUUGUUCAUGGCUAAUGAUUAUGAUAGUGAUACACCUGAUUAUGGAGAAUUAUCAGAAGAGAAUAUAGACGAUAUUGGAAGAGAAAUAAAAUCAAUAUUUGACUUAGUGAAAGUACCUGGUGAUUAUUGUGCUGAUGGAAAAAUAGAUAAUGUUUGUCUUCCUGGCCUUUUUAUUCAUAAUAUUGGUCAUAUAUUAUUACCACUCUCUGAAAUACAAGCGAAAUUGAUCAUUGAAAUAUCGAGUCAAGUACCAUUUGGCAUUAACGAUCAAACAAUUUAUGAGAAAACGAAAUUUCUACUUGAAACGGCAGCUUUGCAAAACGUAACGGAAUUACAAUCUGAUAACUUCUAA